UGGAAGACGGAUGGGGCUGUUCCGUUAACGCGCACAAAAGUGGCAGGCGCUAACGAAAAUGUUCGGUACGGGACCAGUAGCUGCUGAGUUUGCGUGCAACCGAGCGAAAAUGCAGCCGGACCAAGUGGGGAUUGUCUGAGUAGACCGUCCAGGCAACGUGGAAACUCUGUACGCCAAGCUGACAGAAUGAGCGGUCUAGGUUGGUUUGGAUUUAAACUUGGCCUGUUGGUCGUCCUUCUGGCACGUCAGCAACUCUGCGGGACUCAAGCACAGGGAGUCAACAGAGAGCUGCCUCAAUAUGAAGUGGUUCACCCCACUCGAGUGGAUGUCAGAGGUCACUUCCUGUCAAACUUCCUAUCCCACCAUGCCCGCCGCGUGCAGCGCCGAGAGGCUAAGGAAGAUCCGGUGAAUCUAGAUCAAGUCUUCUACCAGCUCCAACAUGGAAGCCGUAAUCUGCACUUUAAUCUGACGCUCAAUCCUCACCUGCUGGCUCCAGGUUUUCUAAUAGAGCGAAGGUUCGGUGGACUGGACGGAGCAAAGCUCAAGUCUCCGGAAUCCUCACAGUGCUAUUUUCUAGGCGAGGUGAGGGAUGAACGUGCAGCGAGAGGAAGCGCGGCUAUCAGCACCUGUGAUGGUUUGACGGGACUGUUCAAGUUGGCUGAUGAGGAAUUUUUCAUCCAGCCUCUGGAGAGGUCCAAUCCUGAGAGCCCUGCGCCGCAGCGACACGCCGUCUACAAACGCCACGCUCCACAACCGUCCUGGAGUCCAGCUGUGCAGCUCAUCACAGGAGAACAAGUUCUCAAUGGCUCUUGCGGGGUUUCAUACUCUCAUCAAAGUUUAGAAGUCACUGAAAGGCAGCGGGAGCGCUGGGAGCGCCGGCGGCACCGGAGGAGAAGAAUCCAUCAGCGUUCAGUCAGCAAAGAGAAGUGGGUGGAAACACUGGUCGUGGCUGAUCCCAAAAUGGUGGAGUACCAUGGAAGCAAAGCUGUGGAGAGCUACGUCCUCGCUGUCAUGAACAUUGUGACUGGCCUCUUCAAAGAUCCGACCAUUGGAAAUGCAAUCAACAUUGUUGUGGUCCGACUCAUUCUACUGGAGCAAGAUGAGGAUGAGUUAAAAAUCACACAUCACGCUGACAACAGCUUGAACAGCUUCUGCAAGUGGCAGAAGCAACUCAACAUGAAGGGGGACGAUCACCCGCUGCACCAUGACGUGGCAGUUCUUCUCACCAGGAAAGACAUAUGUGCUGCCAUUAACUCCCCGUGUGAGACCUUGGGUCUCUCUCAUGUUGCUGGAAUGUGUCAGUCACAUCGGAGCUGCAGCAUCAGCGAGGACACUGGCCUCCCGUUAGCCUUCACAGUGGCUCACGAGCUUGGACACAACUUUGGGAUUCAGCAUGACGGCAACGGUAACGACUGUGAACCUGCUGGGAAAUGGCCCUAUGUGAUGUCUCCACAGCUUGUGUACGGCACCUCUCUACCCCGGUGGUCCCACUGCAGCCGCCAGUACAUAACACGCUUCCUUGACCGUGGCUGGGGCUCGUGCCUGGAUGACGUUCCUGCCAAAGAUAAACUUCACUUGAGCACCGUGCUUCCUGGGGUUCUCUAUAGUGCUGCUCAUCAAUGCCAGCUCAAGUACGGAUCUGGUUCCCUGCUUUGUGACGACAUGGAUACUGUUUGCAGCUCCUUGUGGUGCACGGUGGGAGCAACCUGUCACUCAAAGCUCGACGGGGCCGUGGAUGGCACCAGUUGUGGAGAGGACAAGUGGUGUAUUAGUGGCUCGUGUGUACCUACUUCCAUUCAUCCCAAAAGUGUCAAUGGCGGUUGGGCUACGUGGAGCGAGUGGAGUAGCUGUUCCAGGUCCUGUGGCUCAGGAGUCCAGAGUGCCCAGCGAGACUGUGAUAACCCAGUGCCCAAAUACAGAGGCAGGUAUUGUUUGGGAGAAAGACAGAGGUACAGAAUCUGUAAUACCGCCCCGUGUACUUCUGAAGUCUCCACCUUCAGAGAUGUCCAGUGCAGUCAGUAUGACGGUCUUCCAUACAAGGGCAAGUUCUACAAAUGGGUCGCUGUCAUCAACAAAGUGAGCCCUUGUGAGCUACACUGCCGUCCUCUCAAUGAACAUUUCUCUGAAAAGAUGCGUGACGCAGUGGUCGACGGGACUCCUUGUUUCGAGGGCAACAAAAGCAGGGAUAUGUGCGUUAAUGGCGUCUGUAAGAGUGUUGGCUGUGACGCUGUGAUUGAGUCGAACGCUGUUGAGGAUCGCUGUGGAGUUUGUCGAGGUAACGGCUCCACCUGCCAAACUGUGAGACGGACAUUUGAGGAGAGCGAGGGGCUCGGCUACGUAGACAUUGGAUUGAUCCCGAAGGGAGCAAGAGACAUCUGGAUUGAAGAGGUGGCAGAAGCUGGAAAUUUUUUGGCACUGCGUAGCGACAACCCAAAUAAAUAUUUCCUGAACGGGGGCUGGACAAUCCAAUGGAACGGGGAGUACAAGGCAGCUGGAACUGUGUUUACCUACGAAAGGAUGGGACAUCUGGAGAACCUGACUUCACCGGGGCCAACGAUGGAGCCGCUGUGGAUUCAGCUUCUCUUUCAGGAAACAAAUCCCGGGGUCCUAUAUCAGUACACCAUAAGCCGAAAUGUGUCAGACGACAACGGUCCAAUCUCAGUCUUCAGAUGGAAGUUUGGCUCUUGGUCUGAGUGCAGCGUCACCUGUGGACGAGGUGUGCAGCGGCAGAUGGUUCACUGUGUGGAAGAAACCACUGGAAUUGUGGAAGCACAAUACUGCGACCCCUUGACUCGACCUGAAGACAACAGAACCAGCUGCAACAAAGAAUCCUGCCCAGCCCUAUGGUGGGUCGGGGAGUGGCAGAAAUGUUCAUCAAGCUGUGGAAGCUCUGGUCUGGCUAAGCGGAUGGUCCACUGCGUCCAGGCUGUGAGUCUGGAUGAACAAAAAGCUCUGCUGGACAGUGACUGUGAGCACAUUCCGAAACCUGAGUCCGUGACCCCCUGCAACACUCAUGUCAGGUGUCCGGCUGACUGGACUGUCGGGGCGUGGUCAAAGUGUUCAUUGACAUGUGGACCUGGAGUUCGGCAUCGUAGCAUCUCUUGCCCAGGAAGUAUUGACGCUGAAUGCGAAAUACAGAAGAAACCGCCAGCUGUGUCUCCUUGCCACAUGCGAGAUUGUCCUGAGAUGGUGGAUAACUUUGGAGGAAUAGAAUCGUCUGGAAGUGGCUGGGAAAGCAGAGAAGUCCUCAAUGACAUUAACUCCAUCACAGACAUCAAGCUACCACCAAAGCAUGGCACAACCAAAGCACAAACCAGACCUCAGGGCAGCCCAAGUAACAUUGUGCCAAGUGACUUUCACUACCAUAAUAACAUCGAAAGUAUCAAUAAUUUUGUAGAGACGGACGUUCACAUUGAUGAUUUUUACUAUGAUUACAACUUCAUAGACUUUCAUGAAGACCUCUCAGAUGACAGCAAUGGAAAAGACUCAGGUGGAAGUCAGGAAUUUGACGCUCGUCUGGAGGCCGACUCAGCUCACAGUGUGAGAGAAAAUAAUUCAGAAACUACCAGGACACCUGCUGAGAUUCCAGAUUCAGAGACUGCUGUGCCCAAAGCGUCAGAGAUGUGGAACACCAGCGAUGAAAAUGUGAACAAAAAUGUGGAUGAUUUUUAUUCCGAGGAUCAUCUCCUUCCUGUGUCCGUCACUCGCUCGCCACCGCAGCGCCACGCUCCCAGGCAUCGGGAUGAGUUUCCCCCUAUAGAUGUGAGCACAGUGCAUAGUUCCGAGCACGGCAGGGCGCAGGAUGAAAACAGGACUGAGGUCCUUGGCGACUUUGUUGUGACCUCGCCGACGAUCAUUGACAUUGGAGUAACAACAGCGGAUGAAUCACAAUUACAAAUGACUUACAGUGAACUCACCACACAACAACCUAGCUCAUCUGCGUCAGUGGAAAUAAAUGAGAAUCGAAAACAGUCUGCCGUGACACAUCUUCCCAACCAAUCCACCGGCCAUUUGGACCAAAGCGAUCCUGCAACAACAGUUCCCACUCUGAUACCGACGAGAACUAAUUUCAAGUCAGAUGAGACCACCAGAGUCAGUGAUGUGCCUAGGCUGAGACAAACUUUAUUUCCUGUCUCUGAGGACUCUACUCUUCCCCAACCACUUCGAAUCUCAGGUAACCAUGGACCCUCUGAAAACACAACUGGAAAUGAUCUUUUACAUUCUGCGACUCAAACUCCGCCAGCUACUUUAACUGAACACACAACCGAACCCGCUGUCCUGGAAAGACCUGGACCAGGUCCGACAAAUUCAGAGGAUCUUCAUUACAAUGAAAUGACUUUCCCUGCGGUGUCAAAGGGGAUUCGGAGUCCUUCACACCUCACCCACGUGGAAACAAAAACCAGUCCUGAACCUGCAUCUACAGUUGUCCCAUCGCCAACAUCAACUCCAUCAACUCUGCACGUCACCGCCCACUGGGUCACUGGCAACUGGAGCGUAUGUUCAACCAGUUGUGGCCUGGGUGCCGUCUGGAGGACUUUAGCCUGUAGCACCGGCUCAGAAUGGGACUGUGACCCAGCCGAGAGACCCUCACCAGCCCAGCGGUGUUACCUCCGUCCAUGUUCCAUGUGGAAGGUUGGCGAGUGGAGCAAGUGUUCAAAAAACUGUGAUGUCGGCAUCAAAUCCAGAGAGGUCCAUUGUUACGACAUGCGGGAUCAGCGACCGCUGCGACCUUUUCACUGCCGUGCAAUUUCCUUGAGGCCACUAUCGCGAAUGAUCUGCAACCCUCAGCCUUGUCUUGACUGGUACACCUCCUCCUGGGGACAGUGCUCAGAAGUGUGUGGAGGAGGCGAACAGCAGCGUAUAGUCACCUGUCUGGAAGAGGGUAGAUGCAACACGGACCUUCAGCCAUUGACCAUCCAGCCUUGCAACAGCCAGCCCUGUGCUCAAUGGAUGACGGGGGCGUGGGGAAAGUGUUCAGCACCUUGUGGCGGCGGAGUGCAGCACAGGCUCAUCAAGUGCGUGAACUCCAAGACUCAAACAGAAGAAGUGGAUCCUACACAGUGCCAGCCGCAGCUGAAACCUGAGCUCACACAGAAGUGUAACUCAAAUGAGUGUAAGAGCGCCCCCUCAAGAACAGCUUGUCCUCGUGAUCGACUCACUCUUCGCUUCUGUCAGACUCUUCGCAUGCUGGGACGAUGUCACAUGUCCAAUGUGCGAGCUCAGUGCUGCAGAACGUGCCACAAAAUGAGCAACAAAAGUGGCGAAGAGGUGAAUUCACCCAGAGAGGAGGAGCACUGAUGAGAGUGGACGCGUCAGGUGUAAUAAAUUCUCCCUUUUUUCUAGUUGGUGCUGAAAGUGCUCAUACAUUAUGACCACUUUUUUUAUUCUUUCUCAAAUAUGAUUUAACCACUAGGUUGUACAGGUUUGUGUUUUUUUUUUUUUUUUUAUUGUGUGAACGGAGUUGGGGAAAUAAUGUGGUUCUUAAAAUGUGGUACCAUUCUCAGAAAAAUGAAGUUUACAAUUAAAACCUUUGCCGCAUUUUUAUAUUACAGACUAUUAUCAGGCUGUGACUUUUGAUGUAUAGCAGCAUUAGUGAGCAUGAUAUCAGUAGUAACUCACCAGCGCUGGUCGACUGAGGUCCUUUUCAGGGAACAGGUUUAGCAAACCCAGUUUCAAAACCGUCCCGUCUUUCAGCUUUCAUACGCAGAGUUUUCGGUUUCUGGUUAGUCCAACCAAUCCUGAGUAAAGUUAGCCAGCAUGGAGCUUCUGCUUCUGCACAACCCUCAGUAAUGGAACAGGGAACAUGUUUAACCAUGGCAACACAUGAAAUCAAAUUUAGGGUGGUUUCACAUUGCGCACAGUCUUGAGACAAAGUGUGUUCGGCUCCAAAGUCCGACAUGUGAAGACAAGCGAGUCUGGUUUUGGCUGUGGACUUGAUCCCGGCUGGAGAGCUGCAUCUUGUCUCGGGAAACUCUCCAUGGGGGGGUGAACUUCUCGUCUCAGGCGACUCGGCGCUAGAUGCCGGAAACUCUGUGUACAGCGCGACUCCACACAAACAUAAUAAACGGCGGCCACUAAAGGGUCUGAUUGUCUGUGCAGACAACACUGCUAAACUAAGGUAUAUUUAGUUGUUCCAGCACAGCUGGUGUGAACAGCAGCAAUCUGAAACGUGACUUUAAAAUAAACUGCACUGCUUAAAAAGUGACAAAACUUUUUUGAAGUUGACAGAUCAAUUUUUUUUUCAAUGAAUCCUGAAAAUUGGACAUGUGGAGUAUCUGUUCUUUGUCCGUGGAAACUCAGGGUUAUUUGGACCAAACGUGGUUGCGUGCAGGUAUCAGAGGUCGCUGCUUUGUGAAACCCAAAAACUCCUUUUUUUUCACGUCCAGGAAAACUACCUGAGUUGUAAACCUGCUGUCUGAAACGGGCCCCGGACGUCUCCCAACAACUAAGCGAAUUUAUUUUUCUUCAUCUUUAGAGUGCUCACGCUUGAGUCAAAAGCAGAGUAGCUCAGCUGGCUAGUGGAACACAUGCUUGUGUUGUUUAAAAAGGCUCAAUAUUCUGAGUUAUGAAUGCAGUGAAGACUGAGAACACCGGUCAGACACAAAGGAAAAAAAUAAGCUUAUUGUGUAGCCAUAUUCAUGCUUCACAUUGCCUUCUCAACCCCAUCAAACCUCUGCAAGGCUCUGGAACUCAUGUGACGUCACAUUUCUCAGAUCUCAGGAUUAACUUGAUGACUAAAGACAGGUAUGAAUUCGGUUCAAAAAGAAAUCCAGCCAGUAUUUUAGCUAUUACGAACAGAAAUUGCUUGAGAGUGUUAUGUUUACACCAACUUGACCUUAAUGAACCUGCAUCUUUCUUGCAUUCAUAACUCAACUUACAGAUGAGCUCUGCUUAUUUUGGGUCUGGUAUUGGCAGGUCCAGUACCUGAGCUACUUGAAUAAAGUCCCAUGUGCUUCUCAUGCAGCCCAGCAGUCAGCAGUCUUUGAUGCACUGUUUUAUUUCCCUCAGGACUAGAUUUGUAGUAUCGAUAGGCCACUCCAGAGUUGCACCAGCGAGACUCACUGCACAUUAUCAUUGUCGUCCGUUCACUGCUUUUCCUUUUUGAGCAGCGGGUCCAAGUGCCUCACUUUAGCAUAUAUAUUCAGGGACUACACAAUGUGAAAUGGGAUCUAUCAACAACAGUGUACUUCAAAACCAAAAGCAACAUGUGAGUUGAUGUGUUUCACCAAGAGGUUUCAUGAUACGAUGAGAUUGUUUUUUCUUCUGUCUCAACACUUGUGUACUUAACUUCUUUUCCGAUCAGUACAUUCCAGAAUAGAAUAAAGAGCGUGCGUGUCGUCUGCCGAACAUUUCAAGAUAAACAGUGUGAGAGA